UAUUAACAAACAUUUAAAAUUUUGUUUUAGUAAAGUAGUCAGUUGGUGUGGACUGUGGAGGUAGUUUGGCGCUGAAUAUUUUUUUGAAGAAUGAACAAGCAAUUCCCAUACAUUAUUCUUAAAUACAUUAUUCGAAAAAGGGUUUUAGAAUAAUUGGAAAUUGGAAAAGGGGUUAAACCCGUUUGUACUCUGUACUCUGUAGUGCUCCCUUCUCAUCCUCUCCUUCAUUCCUCCAUUUAUUUCCUCGGUGGUCGCGGCUGGAUCCAAAGGCCAUACCCGUAUUAACCCAGCAAUGGCUGCCUUCGUUCCUCCCCCCGCCGCCACAACUCCACCGGCGGAUUCCAAGCCGGCGGUACCGGAAAAAGUCGACUAUAUGAACCUGCCUUGUCCCAUUCCGUAUGAGGAAUUCCACCGCGAAGCUUUUAUGUCGCUGAAGCCGGAUUUUUUUGAAGGCAUGCGCUUUGACUUUACAAAAGCACUUAACCAAAGAUUUUCACUCAGUCAUAGCAUGUUAAUGGGACCCACAGAAAUUCCUUCGCAGUCCACAGAGAUAAUAAAAAUUCCAACCUCUCAUUAUGAGUUUGGUGCAAACUUCAUAGACCCUAAGUUGUUUCUUAUUGGGAGGUUGAUGACAGAUGGCCGUCUAAAUGCUAGAGUGAAAUGUGAUUUGUCCGAUGCUUUUUCUUUGAAGGCCAAUGCUCAACUCUCAAAUGAGCCACAUAUGUCACAGGGAAUGCUCAAUUUUGACUAUAAGGGAAAUGAUUAUAGGGCCCAAUUUCAAUUGGGGAAUGGUGGAUUGCUUGGAGCCAGUUACAUCCAGAGUGUGACUCCGCAUUUAUCUUUGGGAGGCGAAGUGUUCUGGGCAGGACAACAUCACAAAUCAGGCAUCGGCUAUGCUGCUCGGUACAACACUGAUAAGAUGGUAGCAACAGGACAAGUUGCUAACACUGGACUCAUUGCAUUAAACUAUGUUCAAAAACUUUCCGAGAAGGUUUCUCUUGCAUCAGACUUUAUGUACAAUUACAUUGCUGGAGAGGUCACAGCAAGCGUUGGUUAUGAUUAUAUUCUUCGGCAGUGUCGUCUAAGGGGGAAGAUCGACAACAACGGCUGCAUUUCUUCUUUCUUGGAAGAGCGAUUGAACAUGGGUUUAAAUUUUAUUCUCUCCGCCGUGAUUGACCAUAAAAAGAAAGAUUACAAGUUUGGUUUUGGGCUUACAAUAGGAGAAUAGUUUAGCUUGUGAAAGACGAGGAGCAUCUUUUAGUCGUUGAUUCUUUCAUUCACAUUUCCAUUAGAGAAUCAAAGCAGACAAGUUUUGUAUUCUUUGUUACACUCUAGCGCCCGAUGCUACUAAAGGUCAGUUCCCAUC